ACACAAGUAGAGAGCAAGAAAAUAGAUCAGGAGCUUAAGAGAGCUACAACAGACGGCAUCAUGCGGUUCAACACGCCGUUCUUCUUCCUGAGCCUGUCCUGCCUCUACUUUACACUGGCACAAACGUCCUAUGACGACUGCUGCUUGAAAUAUGUGAAAAAACUGAACCCGAGCAUUCAAAAACAUGCAGUGGAGUACAGAUGGCAGAUGACAGAUGGAGGCUGCAACAUUCCUGCUGUAAUCUUCACAAUGAGGAGGGGCCGUGAGUUUUGCACAGACCCCAGAGAGAGGUGGGUCACCAACCUGAUGAAGAAGGUUGAUGAGAAGACAAACAAAAAGGGCCCAAAGAAAUCCAACAAGCAGCGACGGCCAAACAGAGACUGAGGGUGCCCGCCUGCUACAGUCGCCCCCGUUCAUCUCACCUCCAUCUGCCAAAUCGUAUCAUUAAGCAACAUGCUUUUUUAUAGAGGUUUUUAUGGCGUCUUACUGGAAGCCAAUUGAGGAGGCUGGCUAAGAAAUCAUGUAUGAUUACUUUCGCUUUCACUCUGCACUAAGAUUAAGGUCAAAGUUUGGGCAGAACAGUACUUUGCUGUUGCAGGGUUGGACUGCUGAUAAUGCUGACCACACACAAGAUAUAAAAGCCUUCAAUAGCAUGGCUGCUUGAAUGAGAAUAUUCAUAACCAUUUUCUUACCUUUCAAGGCACGAGGUAUAUUCAAUAAGCUGUUAAUUAAUGGUGAUGGAUUGUAAAUGAGAAUAAUAUAUAAUAUUUAGUAUUUCAUGCAUCUGAAUGUCUGUCAAAUACUUGUUUAUAUGCAAACUGCUGAAUGUAAAUGUCUGUCUGGAAUGUGUGUCAAAGAAAAGAAGAAACUCUAAGUAGUUUAAAUGUAUGACGUUUCGCACAUUUUUUUUGUAUAGUUUUUAUUGUGUUCCCAUAAAAGCAUUACUACAAUAAACUUGCUUAUCACUUUCCA